ACCGUCCGAUUAUGGGUCAGCUUCAGCGGAGGGCAUGGGGGCCCCGGUAACAUUGGCUUCUUCGUAGACGUCUCCAAUGGCAGUCUGGCAGAGGCCACAGUGCCACACGCCACGUCGUCCGCGUCCUAGCCACUCACGAACGCGGGCCGAGUCACCGCCCGCCCACCUCCUAUCCACUUCCCCAUCUGCCAGCCGUCCGAGUCCGACCACCUCUCGUAUCGAUUCUCCAAGCGCCGCGCCGCGCCGGGCGAAGAAGCUCGUCUCGUCUCCAUGGCGGCCGCAGCGGUGGCCAUCUCCACCUCCGUGUGCACGUCCUCAAGGCGUAGCACGGGCUGUCCGAACGUGAGGCCCCAGGCCCGUCCGCUCCUAGGCAUGCCGUCGCUGCGCCGGAGGCUGCAGACGGCCUUGGCCGCGACGGGCAAGACGCCGGGCGAGGCGGAGGAGCAGGUCCCCGCGUGGGCCAAGCCCGGCGCGGACGAGCCGCCACCCUGGGAGCGCGAGGGCGGGGCCGCGCGUGGACAGGAGGCCCGGCAGGUCCCCUUCUACGCGUACCUGCUCGCGUCUACGAUCACCGCCAUCGCCGCGAUCGGCUCCAUCUUCGAGUACACCAACCAGCGGCCGGUGUUCGGGAUCGUCGGCCCCGACAGCGCCCUGUACGCGCCGCUCCUGGGCUUCUUCGUCUUCACCGGCGUUUCUGUGGUUCAAGGCCGUGCAGACGGCGAACAGAGAGGCCGAGGAGCAAGACCGCAGAGACGGAUUCCUGUGAGAGGCUGUGGGUGACUCCGGCGCACUCGCCGGUGCCGUCGCCGUGCAGAAGAACGCGCACCGCACCACCGUGGUGUUCGCAGCGACGGGUGACGGGUCAUGUACUCAAGUUAUGUAUGUCAGUGUACUGUAUUCUAGAAUUGGAGAGAGCAGAUGGAUUUGCGGCACAAAUCAGAGAAAAUAUCAUAAUCAUCAUUCGUAUGAGUGGAAAAUAUUUGUAUUUAUUUGGUUGAAAAUGGUAUAGCGUUUUUUUGCACUUGAA